AUGUCAGGGCUCAUGUACCCUACGGAGGAGUCUCGGCAGAGCAGUGCGCGAGCGGAGCCCGACAAGUCGGAAACGAGCUUUGUACAGUUCUUCCGCUCGCUUCCGAGUGCGAUUCCUGGCACGAUUCGCCUGUUUGACAGACAGGAUUUUUAUGCGGCAUAUGGCGACGAUGCGUUGUUCGUCGCGGACACAGUAUUCAAGACGCAGUCUGUGAUCAAGCAUCUAGGAGGGCGAGGUGAUACAGGGCUUCCCUCCUGCUCUCUCAACCCUGCAGCCGCCAAGAGUUUCUUGCGAGAGGCUUUGACGUCGAGGCAGCUCCGCAUUGAAAUUUGGUCGUCGACCAAUGGCGACAGCAGUGGGCGUCGUAGUGGAUCAUGGGCUAUCAGCAAGCAGGCCUCGCCAGGCAAUCUGCAGGAUGUGGAAGACCUGCUUUUCCUGAAUGCUGAAGUGGUCACGAGCCCGAUUGUCUUGGCGAUGCGUGUGAAGGCGCAGGAUGGCUUGAAUACCGUAGGCGUUGCGUUUGCGGAUGCAACCAAUCGCGAGUUCGGUGUCGUGGAAUACCCGGAGAACGACUUGUUCUCCAAUUCAGAGUCUUUGCUGAUCCAACUAGGUGUGAAAGAAUGUCUUCUACCUGCGGACGAGUCGCAGUCGGAUUACGACCUGAGCAAGCUUCGUGCUGUGAUGGAACGAUGUGGGUGUGUCGUGACACACGUUAAGCGGUCUACUUUCCAGACCAAGUCGAUGGAGCAAGAUAUGCAACGACUCUUGUCGUCGUCCCAGAGUGCCUUGGCACCGGAGCUGGAGAAGAAAUGGGCCAUGUCUUCGGCUGCUGCGCUGAUCGCGUAUCUACAUUUGCUUGGCGAUGAAUCCAACUUUGGCCGCUUCACGCUACGCACGCACGACCUGUCAGAAUACCUUCGCUUGGACCAAGCUGCGUUACGUGCGCUGAACUUGUUCCCUGACCCGCAGGGCGGCUCGGCAGUGAGCAACAAGAAUGCAAGUCUAUUUGGCUUGCUCAAUCGGUGCAAGACCGCACAAGGCACACGCAUGUUGAGCCAAUGGAUCAAGCAGCCGCUGAUCAAUGUGCAUGCCAUCCAGAAUCGCCAGACGCUAGUAUCCAUUUUCCUGGAGGAGCCUGAAGCUCGGUAUCGUCUGCAAGACGAAUUUCUGAAAUUCAUGCCGGAUAUGCUGCGUAUCAGCAAACGAUUCCAGCGUGGUGUAGCUACCCUGGAAGAUGUGGUGCGUUGCUACCAGGCAGUUGUCAAGAUGCCGGCGCUGCAGCAGACAAUGGCCGACAUCCCUGUGACAAACGAGGCAGAUCGUACGUUAUUCCACAGUUCUUUCGUGGCGCCUCUCGAUGAACUUUACCAGCACUUGGCCAAGUUGGUCGAGAUGGUCGAGAUGACGAUCGAUCUGGACGAGCUGGCGUACCACAACUACGUGAUCAAGCCGGACUUUGACGAGAACUUGGGCCUCAUCAAGGCGAAGCUGGACCGAAUCCGCGAUCAGCUCGAUGAGCAACAUGUUCAGGCAGGCCAUGAUCUUCGCCUCGAUACCGACAAAAAGCUGCAUUUGGAGAAUCAUUCGUCGUACGGCUACUGUUUCCGUGUGACACGAACGGACGCUGGUGUGCUUAAGAACCGCAAGACGUACAUGGAUCUUGGCACCGUUAAGGGUGGUGUCUACUUUACGACUUCGGCCAUGCGCGCUUUGAACGAUGAUUUCCGCUCGUUGUCGGAGGAGUACGCGCGAACGCAAAGUCGCCUGGUUAAGGAUGUGAUUGAUAUUGCGUCCUCGUACGCCCCGCCUCUCGAGCAGCUGAAUGUUGUGCUGGCCAACCUGGAUGUGAUCCUGAGCUUUGCACAUGUGGCCAGCAACGCCCCGAUACCAUACACACGCCCUCUGAUCCAGGAGCGGGGCUCGCCGCUGGUCCUCCAGGACGCGCGUCAUCCGUGCUUGGAAGUGCAAGACGAUAUUCAUUUCAUCCCCAAUGACGUCUCGAUGGUGCCAGGCACGUCGGAAUUCCUGCUUCUAACAGGCCCCAACAUGGGCGGCAAAUCGACCUAUCUCCGACAGAUUGGUAUGAUUACGCUUAUGGCCCAAAUGGGAUGCUUUGUCCCCGCCGCAACUGGAGCGCAAGUGCCUGUGUGUGACUGUAUUUUGGCGCGUGUGGGUGCGGGAGAUAGUCAGUUGCGUGGUGUGAGUACGUUUAUGGCAGAAAUGCUUGAAACGGCGACCAUCCUCAAAACGGCGACCAAGGACUCGCUUGUGUUGAUUGACGAGCUGGGCCGUGGCACCUCGACGUACGACGGCUUUGGCCUCGCAUGGGCCAUUUCAGAGUGGAUCGUGAAAGAAAUUCAUGCCAAGUGUGUGUUUGCCACACACUUUCACGAGCUCACCAACCUAGCGAAAGAGCAGGCUGGCGUCCAAAACCUGCAUGUGGUCGCGCAUGUAUCGCCCCGCGAAGAAGGGUCCCGCUUCGACAAAGACAUUACGCUGCUCUACAAAGUGGAGCCUGGUACGAGUGACCAGAGCUAUGGUAUCCAAAUCGCCGAGUUGGCCGAUUUCCCGGAGAGUGUCAUUCGACUAGCAAAGCGCAAAGCGGAGGAACUCGAAGGCGUAGAAGACGCGCCGCAGACCAUGCACUUUUCAGAGGACGUGACGAACGAAGGCGUAGCACUUGUGCAAGAAUUCCUUCAGGCGUGGCAAGCGCGUACAGACGACAACAAGCGUCAGAAACUCGACGAGGAGCAAGCACAACGACAGGCCCUAGCAUCCUGCAUGCACGACUUUGAUGCAAAAAUCAAGGCCCAUGUACGUAUGCCAUGA